AAUCGGAUUUGCAACGUGCGGCCAGCCGCCAAUGGCGCACUAAUCGAGACGUGGCGCCAGUCAUGGAGGCCCUCUUUGCCAAAUCAGAGCGGAGGCAGUUCAACGAUGCUGAGUACGUCCUUUCAGUCUCUGGAGACACGGAGUCCCUGAGUGUGGAGGUAGAGCAUGCAGAGGAUGGCCGACGCUGGCGAUCCCGCUUUGCCGCCAACUUCGUGGAAGAGAUUACCCGCCGCACUGGCAAUGCCAAGAAGUUUGACGUUUUCGUGCGGAUGCUGCUGUCCGCAUUGGCUCAGGAGUCAGACUGUGUUUACCUGGAUGUCUUGACGGCUCGAGACUUGGAGAUGCUCCGGCGCCACGCGAAUCCGCAGGGCCCUCCGACGACCAAUCCGACGACGGCACAGUCAGACAAAAGGUACAUGAUCCUCACGUACCGUGCAGAAUUUGACAAGGUGCACUACCCCCUGCCUUUGCCCCUAGACGAGCGGAGUGAAGAGGAUGUCCUUCGUGCCAUGGUCGGGCGGCUGAAAAGCGAGCUGAGCCAAGCGCGCGAGACCAUCGAGCAGGCUCGGGCUCCCCCACCACCACCAGACAACGAGCUGCACACCCUGCAGCGCCAGAAUAGGCAGUUGAGCGACGGCCUGCAAGCCAUGCAGAAGGAGGCGGAGCAGCUGCGAGCGGAGCUCCGGCUGCGGGUGGGCGGCCCAGGACAGCAGAACCAUGUGCGCGACGACGAGGUGCUGCGGCUCCGAAACGAGCUUACGCGCACCAAGGCCGAGGUGAAGAGCCUCAAAGACGAGCUCAAGCAACGCGAGCUGGCCCAGAAGCGUGCACGGGAGAAGGAGGCGGCGGAGCUGCGCGCGGAGCGGCAGAAGGCCGAACGGCUGCAGGCUCAGCUGAAGAAGCUGGAGGAGGAGAAGCGCGGCUUCGGCGCACGCCGCGGCCCGAGCGCGGAGAUGCGCCGCCCGAGCGCGGAGAGGACCCCGCCAAUCCGAUCCCGGCCGGCCUCCCGCACUCCCAGCGCAGAGCGGGCGCGGCCGCCGUCCAGGCCGCCCAGCCGCCCCGCCUCACGGCCGCCACCGAGGCCAUCCAGUAGGGCUUCUUCGGUGGCCUCCUCGCGAGAGCGUACGCCUUCCCCAAGCUCCUUCUUGGCCCGUGGCAGGCAAGCACCCCCUCCGCGACAAGAGCCGCCCAGAAGGGCAGCAUUGAACCGCUCGGGAUCGCCUGGCCGCGAUCGCAGCUGCUCGCCUGGCUCGACCAUGUCGCCGUACAGGCGCCCUGCCAGACCAGGCAGCAACAGCAGGGAGCGCACGCCUUCGCCACAGCGUGGCCCGCCUCAACGCAAGGCGCCGCCCGCGGCGCCGGCGCUGAGCCUACGGGAGCGUGGUGCCAGCACGACGAGCCCGAAGCCGCCAUCCACUCGCUACGGAGGAGUCACAGCGCCGGCCGCACCACAGGCACCAGAGGCUGCACACCAGCCCGGGAGCCUCUUUGGCCUCGCGGCCAACCUGGGGCUCGGCGCAGGCGCUGCGGGCGGCGCGGGCUCUGGCGCAGGCGCCAGCGCGGCCGGGGACGAGGCCUGCGACAUUGACGCGAGGCUGCAGGCGCUUCAGUCAUUCCUCAAGCAGACGAAGAACAUAGCUGCUUGACGUGCUUGCCGGAGAUGCUUGGUGUGAGUUUUUCGCGCGGAGAAGUCAAGCCACUGUUAUGAAAUCUUGCCUGCGCAGG